AUGUCUCCGGUUAAAGAUUGUGACAAGCACAACAAGAUGCAGGGUCGGGGCAAGAAGAUCAAAAUGUCCGCUUCAUGUGCUGCUCACAUCUCCCAGUUGACAAAAGAUUUGGGCUUCAAGUCCGAAGAUGAAACUCUUCAGUGGCUUCUAGACCGUGCGGAGGGGCGUGGCACUGCAACUCCGUCUGCUAAUGCUGCUGGUAGGGCCUCUUCUGAGACCCCCAAAGUGCCUGAGAAAAAGAAAGCUGAGCCUAUUUGCCAGGAUGCUGUUCCGAAGACCUCGGGAUCUGCGCCUGUGGGCCCCACUCCCGUGUUUAUACCAGGGAAAGGGUUUUGGAUGGUGCCUGAUGAUGGGGGCAAGCCGCAACAGGUGUGGCCUGUGCCACUGGUUCUCACUCGUGGCAUUGGCGUGAGGAUGCAGGUGGCUCCAUGUGCUGCUCGAAUCUUCCAGCUAAAGGAAGACUUGGGUUUGAAGUCUGAGGGCGAGACAAAUUCAAUUCAGUGGCUUCUCGAACAUGCAGAGGAGUCCAUCACUAGGGCAAAUGGUGGGACCCCAAAACUCACAGAUAAGGAAGCUGAGCUUGUCGAUGAUGAUGGUGGUUCGAAGACCGGAGGACAGUGCCUGUAG